CGUGACUCCGCCGCUGCCGUCGCGCACCGCCCGGAGCUCCCUGGAGGUGGGCGAAAAGAGUGCGAGAGCUCGGGGGAGGAGCCGAGCGGGGCGCGUCCCGAGAGCGCCGCCGCCGCCACCGCCCCCCGGAGUCGGCUGGAGCGCGGAGCCCCCUGCAGGGGAGGCGGCGAGCGGCUGGCGGGACGCGGCGGCGGCGGGCGCGGACCAUGCAGUCCCGGCCCGGCCAGUGCCGGCUUCUCGCUGUGCUGUGAGGUGGCGGGGUCCACCUCCGGCCGCCGCACCCCUCCGCCUUCCAGCCCAAGUGCUGCCCGGCGCCCUUGUCCUUCGUCCGGACCCCGGGACACCGGUGGAAGGCACGGCCUGUCCCUGCCCUGCUCCGCCCGAAUCAUGCAGGGGGCCCCGAAGGAAGAGAAGGCUACUGACCGGCCCGCGCCGACCGUGCUCGAGGGGCACCCUGCGCUCUGAAACGCCCCCCCACCUGCUGCCAUGUGUCGCCGCCGCCACAGGUACCUAGCUUGUCCUUAAAACUUUUCCAGCUCUGGCCGGAUUCGGAGUCGCGGGACGGAGGAGCCCGGCUGGCUGCAGACAUCUGCCGCCCAGCAGGAUCCUCGGAGAGUUCUGUCCUUGGGAUCUGAGCCCUAAUCGUCUCUCCAGCCCUGUCUGGCGUGGAGCGCUGCCGGCGGAGGCAGCGCCUUCCCGAAGCAGUUUUAUCUUUGGACGGAUUUCUUUAAGAGAAAAAGAAACCAACAGGUUGCCAGCCCGGGCGUCACACUCAAGAUUCCGGAGAGGGAAGCCCCGGCUGCGGAUUCGUCGGUCAGCGCUGACCCUCGCGGGCAGCAAGAGGCCAGGGGGAGAAGGGGGCGAUGGCUCGGCCCGACCCGUCCGCGCCGCCCUCGCUGCUGCUGCUGCUGCUGGCGCAGCUGGUGGGCCGGGCAGCGGCCGCCUCCAAGGCUCCGGUGUGCCAGGAAAUCACGGUGCCCAUGUGCCGAGGCAUAGGCUACAACCUGACGCACAUGCCCAACCAGUUCAACCACGACACGCAGGACGAGGCAGGCCUGGAGGUGCACCAAUUCUGGCCGCUGGUGGAGAUCCACUGCUCACCGGACCUGCGCUUCUUCCUGUGCUCCAUGUACACACCCAUCUGCUUGCCCGACUACCACAAGCCGCUGCCACCGUGCCGCUCCGUGUGCGAGCGCGCCAAGGCCGGCUGCUCGCCUCUCAUGCGCCAGUACGGCUUCGCCUGGCCGGAGCGCAUGAGCUGCGACCGUCUCCCUGUGCUGGGUGGCGACGCCGAGGUUCUGUGCAUGGAUUAUAACCGAAGCGAAGCCACCACCUUGUCCCCCAAGUCCUUCCCGGCAAAGCCCACCCUCCCAGGCCCACCAGGGGCGCCAUCUUCCGGGGGUGAGUGUCCCUCGGGAGGUCCAUCUGUAUGCACUUGCCGUGACCCCUUCGUGCCCAUCCUGAAGGAGUCACACCCUCUCUACAACAAGGUGCGCACCGGCCAGGUGCCCAACUGUGCAGUGCCCUGCUACCAGCCGUCCUUCAGCCCCGAUGAGCGCACGUUCGCCACCUUCUGGAUUGGCCUGUGGUCUGUGCUGUGCUUUAUCUCCACAUCCACCACCGUCGCCACCUUCCUCAUCGACAUGGAACGAUUCCGCUACCCUGAGCGCCCCAUCAUCUUCUUGUCUGCGUGCUACCUGUGUGUGUCUCUGGGAUUCCUGGUGCGCCUGGUCGUGGGCCAUGCCAGCGUCGCCUGCAGCCGCGAGCACAGCCACAUCCACUAUGAGACUACUGGCCCUGCGCUCUGCACGGUUGUCUUCCUCCUGGUCUACUUCUUUGGCAUGGCCAGCUCCAUCUGGUGGGUCAUCCUGUCGCUCACCUGGUUCUUGGCGGCUGGCAUGAAGUGGGGCAACGAAGCCAUUGCGGGCUAUGCCCAGUACUUCCAUCUUGCUGCCUGGCUCAUCCCCAGCGUCAAGUCCAUUACAGCGUUGGCACUAAGCUCCGUGGACGGUGACCCGGUGGCCGGCAUCUGCUAUGUGGGCAACCAAAACCUGAACUCACUGCGUGGCUUCGUCUUGGGCCCACUGGUGCUGUACUUGCUGGUGGGCACGCUCUUCCUUCUGGCGGGCUUCGUGUCGCUCUUCCGCAUACGGAGCGUCAUCAAGCAGGGUGGCACUAAGACAGACAAGCUGGAGAAGCUCAUGAUCCGCAUCGGCAUCUUCACUCUGCUCUACACGGUGCCAGCCAGCAUUGUGGUGGCCUGCUACCUGUAUGAGCAGCACUACCGGGAGAGCUGGGAGGCGGCCCUCACCUGCUCGUGUCCAGGACCCGACGCUGGCCAGCCCCGCGCCAAACCUGAGUACUGGGUGCUCAUGCUCAAGUACUUCAUGUGCCUGGUGGUGGGCAUCACGUCGGGAGUCUGGAUCUGGUCCGGCAAGACCCUGGAGUCUUGGCGGCGCUUCACCAGCCGCUGCUGCUGCAGCUCAGGGCGGGGCCACAAGAGCGGUGGCGCUAUGGCCGCAGGGGACUAUGCGGAGGCCAGCGCCGCGCUCACCGGCAGGACCGGGCCGCCGGGCCCCGCCGCCGCCGCAUACCACAAGCAAGUGUCCCUGUCGCAUGUCUAGGAGGCCUGGAGGCCGAGGCCCCAGGGACAGUGCUGGAGUUGAAGGAGGGCGUUGUUUUGCUGGGUAGCUUUGUGAAGGUCACUUCCGUUUACCUUCUUGGUGCUGAUGCCCCCUCCCUGAGCGGCUUGGAGAGGGAAAGGGGUCGGUUUCAAGAGAGUACCUGUCCCGCAGUCUUCUACCAGGGGGCUCGGCUCACGUGCAGUGUAUUCUAGUUUGCAUUUCUUACUGCCUUCUUUAGACGAACCCUGUUUUUAAUUUAUAUGUAUUUUAAUUUUUUAACUUUGUUGCAUUUUGGCAACAAAAUUUACCUUUGCUUUGGGGACUUCACAAUCCUCAAGCGGGCAUUGUAAUGAGGUUACCCUUGGUUCAGGUUUCUUUGGACUGUGUGGUCUAAAUUAGGAAAAUAUAUUUCCUAUAUGUGUGUCUUUUUCUUUCUUUUUUUAAAUGUGAACAGUGAUGGGCUGCUGUGACUGGGAAGGUGUGGACUGUCCUUUUUUUUUUUUUUCCAGUUAGUUUUUCCUUCCACUGCUUAAAAUGUCCAGGACACUGAGAGGCCAGAGGCCAUCUGCUAGUUCUGUGUAUAGCCCCCUCAAGUCCUCCCCGGGGAAUGGAGCAUGAUGGUUAGGACCAUCCCCAAGUGACAAGGUUGGAGAAGAUAAAGAUUUUGUGAGCCUCCUUAACCUUGCUCAGCAAGCAUUGGGUCAUUUUCAUUCAUUCCUAAUAGAGCCAGCAUCAUGCCUUGAAUGGCAGAGGUGGCAUCAUAGAGCCAGACAUACACGUUUGCCCUAGUGAGUGAGAGCCUGAGGGCUAGCGAUGGAUUGAAUGUGAGUUCUGAACCGGUGAGGUGGUGAGCUUCGGGCCAGAGAGGGAGGAAUGGGUGGUUCUUCAUAAGCCCCAGUGAUCCCUUAUUACUAUUUUUAAAGACAAGCAACUUGUGCUACAAAUUUCAGUAAAAGUAAACCCAUUCCUGACUUCUGAAAGUACUUAGGAAUCCUUGCUGAAGGGGGCUCUCUUUUCGAGUAAAGGACAAAAAACGGAUAUGCUUCCAGUAAUUAAAGUAAAUUCCCAUUGCUUCUUAUCUGCUCCUCCCACCCCACCUCCUUUAUCAUGUUAAACAGUCUUUCUUGCUUUUCUGAGUCCUCCUGGGGAGCGGUGAUUAGAAGCCACACCCACCCUCCAAUGGAGCCCUGCAGCUGGGGAGGGAGGCUAGUUACCUGAGAACAAAUAUUGGCUCCAAGGAAGGAAAACAAGCGUCCCUGAACUCGGGGCUAGGUUAAAGCCAGCUAGUCCCAAAGCAGUCAUGCUGUGCUCUGGUAGUCGCUGAAAAAAAAAAAAAAAAGACCCAUACGGUAAGCUUUGUACUAUGGGGGCAGUGUAAUGCUACUGUGGGGGAGAGACCCCCCCCCCCCCCCCCCGUGCCUGCUCUCUUUUCCUGCUCUUCUGAGAAAGCCUGUACCGUGACCGACACCCCCCCUCACACACAGUUUCUCUGCUAUUAGAAAAGUCUGUUUGCUUUCCUAAUCUGUAUUCAUUCACUAAGAGUGUGAGGGCCAUUACUGGGAAAUGUGCAUCAGCCAGCAAGUGCCCGUGAGUGACCAAGGCAGAGCGGGCACGAAACUUAGGGAGCUCAAAUGGCCAGGCCAUGAAAACUUCACCAAGCUUCCCUAGAAAAACAGCUGGAGUCUAGGCAGGGAGGAGAGAGACGGCAGAGACAGAGAGAAAAAUGCUUAAGACUCAAGUCUUCAGGUUGCUCAGAAGCUGUUCACAUGUGUAAAAUGCGCUGCCUUUACUCACUGAUGCUUGAAUCAAAAUGGAAACUUGAGUGGCUUCCACAAAACUCCCCGCACGCACACCUAGCUGUAGAACUCUGUCAGUGUCUUAGUCUCUAUUCAGAAACCUCUUCCGGGAAGCUCAAUAGACUCCCCGGCUCAGCACCACUUUUCCUGUUCUUUCAAAUGAGGCCCUUUUCUUAUCCCCUUGACCUCCUGGCUUGUUGAGCACAUCUUCCCGGAAUCUGCAGCCGGAGUGAGUUUGCGUUGUUCCUUCUUCACAAAGAAAACUGUGGAGGAAUCUAGAAAAGAUGUACAGUGUAUCUAAACAUUGUGGGAUGAAGUGGAGGAAAGUGAUUUAAUUCAUUCAAAAAAAAAAUGAUUUUUUUCCCCCGUCUUAGCAACAUGCCAAGGUGGAAAAAGAGCAAUUAAUUCCCUUUGAAAAAUAGGAAAGUUGAAACAGAUGGAUGCCAAGGCGGUGGACUACGUAGGUUUGGAAGAAGCCUCAGAAGUCUCUUUGUUUCUGUUCUCAUCCUUGCCCUCCUCCUCCUUUCUUCUCUCCUUCCCUAAGGAGACAAAGAGGGAGCCCACCUGCCUCCCUGAAGCCUUACUCACAUCUGUCUCUGGCCAGCCCUCGGGCGGGGAGCGGGAAGCUGCCUGUACCGAUGGUCACCCCCUCUUCCCACCACACAUUUUCCUCUGCUUUGCAUUUCUGUUGUGAUAACAAUCAAUGAAAUGACAUGAAAAGCUGUGGGGCAGUUCAGCAACUUCUGCCCUGCCAGCUUUGUGUCGCUGGGGAGGACUUGGCCGGGUGGCAGCUCCGGUGUGCAUGUUCUGGCCACCUCCCUCACCUCUUGGAGCCUCGUGCUUCCCAGGUCAGAGGGUGAGGAUUUAGGUAGUCUAAAGAAAGACAUGGGACCUCGGUGACUCCAAUGAAGAAAGACAUGGGACCUCCAAUGGCCAAAUGUUAGGAUGGUUUGUUUGAUUAAUUUUUUUAUUAUUUAAAAAUAUUAUUUCCCUCACACUUUGAAGUUGUCUAAAUUGGAUGAGAAUCAUUUUUCUUGGUGCCUUAUUGGUUUAUUCUUGCAACCCUUUUGUCAUAUUUUCAUGUGACCAUUGCCAGUGACCAGGGCCUGGGUGUAAUGCCUUGUGUGUAAUUGUGCGCAUGUCCAAGCUUAAAUAACGUGCCGCCGAUGGCACUUGUUCUAAGUUGGUAUUCAUUAGGCUGUUCCCUCCUGGGCCAGGGCAGCACUAAUCUUGACACCGGCUGCCAAGAGAAAACGUCAUGGAUCAUACAGCCAACCUUAAUAACAGCAUCCGUGACCUGCACCGGCGAGCGUAGAAUGGGAACCCCAGAGCUAGGGAGCACAGUUGUAUAUUUUAAUGAACUGCUAGGCCUGCUAAGGAAGCUCCUUUCACUUUUGUGAUCCACAGAAAGACCAAGGGGGUGGGAGGGACAAAGCUUUGAAUAAGUGCUUUCUAACACCCGAAUGUGGCCAACAGGACUGAGCACAUCACCAAUCUAGGCAGGUGGGAGGUGCUGUGGCUAGGGAUCGCCUCCCUGUGUCCUUUCUUGUCUCCGAAGUCCAAUCAAGUGAUCCUGGGAAAGAAACACGGCCUGGCUUGGGGAGACAGCUCAGAAAGAAAAAUUAUCAAGACAUCAAAGACGGGUGAGGGGGAGGCAGGAUGUAACCAACCCUGUUCAGACUCUCAGAAGCUUCUGGUAGCUCGAUGACAGUUGCAGGGUGUUUUUUUUUUUUUUUUUUUUAAUCCAGGAUAAUAAUGUCUGUCUGUGGUACAUCAUUUGAAGCCAAUAUUAAUUCAUGUUGUUACAAACUAUGUAUAGUAUGUAUGUUUUGUGGGUAUGUAUAUACGUAAUAUAUAUAUUAUAUAUAUGUAUAUGUAUAUGAGAGAGAGAUUUAGUGACUUUUGAUACGGGUUGGUGCAGGUGAAUUUAUUACUGAGCCAGAUGAGGCACAUACCGAGUCAGUAGCUGGGGUCCAGGGCAUUCAGUGCUGUGUAUGAUUUGCAUACAUGUAUAGUGCCUAUCCAUCCCAUGCAGUAAGAAUCGUCACUGUCAUGCCAAAUCCAGCACUCACAAGUCAGAGCCAGCAAUAUUUUAUUUGUAGACAAUCAGCUUGACUGGCAAUGAUUAAAAUUCUGAAUCCGUAACACUAGCAAAAGGAAACCCAGAGUAUUCUGAAGAGAGGUUUUGUUUUGUUUUGUUUUGUGCCUGGAAGUCAGUACAACAGCAAUUGUAUGUGGUUAUGUUAGUCUCAAGAUCCUUAACUUGUUGACCUUAUUAUUUUGGAAUUUUUUUGUAUUAUAUUUGUGGGAAAGUAAAAUAAUGGUUUAAGAUUUUUAUCAAAUAUGGAGAUUAGUUAUUUAUGAAAAACAAAGAAAUGUCUAUUUUUGUUUCUUUGUUCCCAAUUCAUGUAGAUAACUUUUUAAAAUGCAUUAAAGCAAUGGUGA